AUGUCAAAACCAGUACACAGCAAAAAUGAAAUACUGAGGUCCAACACUGGUUUGACCAUCAAUCCAUCCAAAGCCUAUUCACGCUCAGAAACAAGAGAUAAACUGACAGGACUUACUAUAAUUCAAGGAGGACUUUUCAGGCAAAGUCAAGCAAUCAAGAACAGGUUUCCAUCCAGAGCCACAGGUACACCAAGACUCGAUGAGCAUAUGCUCAUUGUCUUUUGUAUGCUUCUAGUGUCUUCCGUCCAGGUCAAGCAUCAGGGAUCCGAUCAGAGUCUACGGUUAUCAGUAUCCAUUCCAUCCAGGUCAAGCAUCAAGGAUCCGAUCAGAGUCCACGGUUAUCAGUAUCCAUUCCAUCCAGGUCAAACUUCAAGGUCCAGGUCAAGGUCCACGGUUUUCAGUAUCCAAUCCAUCCAGGAAAAGCAUCAAUGUUCCGAUCUCCCAGCUAUGGUCAUAGUGUCAGCCAUCCAGGUCAAGUGUCAAGGACCCGAUUUCCCGGCAAUGGGUAUAGCCAUCGAUGUCAGGCGUCAAGGUUGCGAUCUUCCAGCCAAGUGUUCAGUCAUCCAGGUCAAUCAACAGGAUUCUGAUCUCCCGUCCAUGGUUAUAGGUAUAACAAAACGUUAUGGGCCUAUACUCACUAGUUAUAAUCUAGUUCUAGUCUCCAGCCAUCUAGGUCAAGCAUCAAGUUCUAGUCUUCAGCCAUCCAGGUCAAGCGUCAAGGUGCCGAUCUCCCGUUUUAUGGUUAUAGGUAUAACAAAAAUCGAUGAGCAAUCACACUCGGCUUUAUUUUCUUCUAGUGUUGAAUCCAUCAAGAUCAUGCUUCACGGAUCCGGAUUCAGUCCGUGGCUAUAG